AAAUUAAUAUUUUAUUAUACGAACAGCCAGCAAGGCUAACAGAUCGCUACAAAUUAUAAACCAACUCUAGCUCAAGUUCACAUUUAAAGUUGAGCUUCGUAAUAAAAAGAAACAAAACUUAUAGAAUUAAAAUGAAGUUCCAGCUAUUUAAAGUCUUACUUAUUAUUGCAUCAGUGUUUGCUUUCACUUAUGCAACAAGCUGCACUGAUGAUGAUUGGAUGAGCUUUAAGGAAAAGUACAAGAAAACAUAUAAAUCACCUGAAGACGAAUCAAAUCAUCAAAAAACGUUCUGUGAAAAUAUUAAAACUAUCGAUGAACACAAUGAGCUUUAUGAGCGCGGAGCGACCACCUAUGCAUUAGGUGUCAGUCAAUUUGCAGAUAUGACCUCUGAGGAAGUUAGCAGCUUCUUUAAUGGCUAACCGUGAACGAUGGUUAUCUACAUACAAAGUCAAGUAUUAAAUUCAAAGUUUCAGAGUAAGGUAUACAAUAGAAAAAAAUAUAAUGUUAUAAAAGAUUUCAGCUUAAAUAUAUUACAGUUUUUAAAUGGCCAGUUUAAA